UCAUAUGCAUAAAUUAGCAACAGUGAGUUCUAGUGCUCAGCUAAUGCCAGAAAUUUUAGACAACUUUUGGAGAAAAAUAUUUCAUCAAGGGCUUCACACUAAUUUAAACCAUUUCAUGACCAUAUCAUGCCCUUGCAUUUUGAGCUCCUUUUGGCUUAUAACUAAGAUAUAUGCUUUAGCAUGCUAUAUAAUAUUGGAAUUAUAAGACAGAGACUGUAACUCUGCCUUCUUGGGUACCUAAAAAUCCAUGAUUUCUACAUUUAACAGUUUACAUCUUUUGGUGCAAAUGCCAAAUCGUGUGAAUUGCAGCUACCUAUCUCCCACAAACAAUAAAUCGGAAUUCUCUUCCUCUGUUGGACAUAUAAACUCUAAGCUACAGUAUAAUUGAAAGCACCUCCAAUUUCUCAUAUUAUCAGCUCUUUGGUUGGUUAUGUGAUCCUUCAAAGAUGACUGAGUUUUCUCUAUUAUGGCUAAGCAAAAGAUUACAACGUUCUGGGAAACUAAUGCAUUCCAUCCGAUUACUUAGCCUUACAUUGUAGCUUCACCUGCAGUGCUUAAUAAGUCUGUGACCAAAGUCGUUAUAAAUAUUGGUGACUGCUCAAAUUUUAAAAAAUGUCCUUCUCAAUUCAAUAAUAAUGGUCCUGUACUCAGCGAUUUUUAUUCAUUUGCAGAAUUUGGUGACUAAAUAUUAAUCCAUUCUAUGAUUACAAAUUUUAGAUAAAUUAGCUAAAAUUAAUUUUUAGAGGCUUUAGGCAAGUUUUGGAGACAUAUAAACCAACAUAUGUAAAUUCGCUAUUUUGUACAAAGUGUGAAGGGAAAAUGUUGAGAUAAUUUAUCUCUUAUUGAAAAAUAUGAAACUUGAUAAACUUUCUUAGAAAUCUCAAGUUACAGUAUUAAUUGUAGGCCAAAGUAUCAGAAGCUGGGUAUCUGGAGGCUUAUCUUACGCACGAAAUUUGAGAAUGAUCAUAAUUUCUCUUUUGUCAUUAUCCUACUGACAGCGAAUAAAUUAAAAAUGGAGUUUUCAAAAAUGAAAAGGAAAAGGAGUCUGGCGCUCUAAAGCCGCCUACAAUUUUUAUUAAGGUUGUACUUUAUUCUUAGAAGCUCUAAAUUACCAAUGGAUCGGUUUAGGAAAUUGGGUCAAUUUUGAGCUUAACUCUUUUAUUAAUUUCUCAGCGUGUAGAGUGAUUCAAAGAGUUUAUCCUUAAGGAAUACGACAAGCUACAUGGUCCCUACCACCUGUUAGAUGGAGAGUUUGUAACUCAGAAAGUUUUUGAAAAAUUAUAAUUAUAAUCAAAGUGCACUAAAUGGUGGAUGAGAAGUGA